AUGAUUGUUUUCUUUGACCUGGAGACCACUGGAUUAGACACUAAAGUGUGUGACAUCAUCCAGUUGUCGGCCAUCCAUGAAGAUAGAGACUUUAACGUCUACAUCCUCCCCAGCCGCCCCAUCCAUGAGAGAGCCUCAGAGGUGAAUGGCUUCACGGUCGGGGAUGGCCGCCUGCUUUUAAACGGGACCCCUGUGGACACAGUCCCUCUUGUUGAUGCUCUCACCUCCUUCAUCGACUUCCUUCGCUCCUUCCAGCGUCCCGUGCUGCUGGCGGCCCACAAUGCAGAGCAGUUUGAUGCACCCUUGCUCCAAAGAGUGCUGCGACAGUUCUCCCUCUACACAGAGUUCCAGCAGGUGGUGUCUGGCACUUCCUGGGAAAGACCUACAACGCCCAUGAUGCAUUGGAGGACUGCCAGCAUACUGCAGGAGCUGUUCAACUCAUGGAGUCCCAGCAAUGAAAGCAUUAAACUGUCCACGAUGUCUGGUGACGAAAUGAUUGUUUUCUUUGACCUGGAGACCACUGGAUUAGACACUAAAGUGUGUGACAUCAUCCAGUUGUCGGCCAUCCAUGAAGAUAGAGACUUUAACGUCUACAUCCUCCCCAGCCGCCCCAUCCAUGAGAGAGCCUCAGAGGUGAAUGGCUUCACGGUCGGGGAUGGCCGCCUGCUUUUAAACGGGACCCCUGUGGACACAGUCCCUCUUGUUGAUGCUCUCACCUCCUUCAUCGACUUCCUUCGCUCCUUCCAGCGUCCCGUGCUGCUGGCGGCCCACAAUGCAGAGCAGUUUGAUGCACCCUUGCUCCAAAGAGUGCUGCGACAGUUCUCCCUCUACACAGAGUUCCAGCAGGUGGUGUCUGGGUUUGUGGAUACCUUACCGCUAAGCAGGAACCUCCAUCCUGAUCUGCCCAGUUAUUCUCAGGUGAAUCUGGUCCAGCACUUCCUGGGAAAGACCUACAACGCCCAUGAUGCAUUGGAGGAUGCCAGGAUGCUGCAGGAGCUGUUCAACUCAUGGAGUCCCAGCAAUGAAAGCAUUAAACUGUCCACGAUGUCUGGUGACGAAAUGAUUGUUUUCUUUGACCUGGAGACCACUGGAUUAGACACUAAAGUGUGUGACAUCAUCCAGUUGUCGGCCAUCCAUGAAGAUAGAGACUUUAACGUCUACAUCCUCCCCAGCCGCCCCAUCCAUGAGAGAGCCUCAGAGGUGAAUGGCUUCACGGUCGGGGAUGGCCGCCUGCUUUUAAACGGGACCCCUGUGGACACAGUCCCUCUUGUUGAUGCUCUCACCUCCUUCAUCGACUUCCUUCGCUCCUUCCAGCGUCCCGUGCUGCUGGCGGCCCACAAUGCAAGAGCAGUUUGA